UAUAAACUCUAUGACAUACAGUGUGGCAAAAGGGGAAGUUCAUUUCGUAUUUAAAGUAUGCUAUUUUCCCUUCAGAGACAGAGACAACAUCGAGGCAAUAGACUACCAGAAGAUAAAAAUUACGCUUAAGAAAAAUCACUUUCAAGAUGGUGCUUCUGUUUAUGCUCUUCGUAUUGUUUCUAAAAACCUCAUGUAUAUAUUCUUGGCUUCCUAGGAAAUGUGUUAUGUACAUUGUGGAAGACUUAGCCUUUCUGGCAUCAUGCAGUGAAAAAACAAACACUGCCAUCUGUGAUCAUAUCACUGAUAUUAAUGAGGACCUCCACGGGCUUCCGACAAAUUUACAGAGUCUCUGCAUUCAGUUGGAUUCGGAUAUACACUAUGCUGUUAUUUUAGCUCCCGGAUCAUUUUCAAACUUCUCUUCUCUGGAAUACCUCAAAAUUACUGGAUGUUUCUCCAAGAUCUCUCCAGACGCUUUUGCUGGAUUGUUAAAUUUAACUUCAUUAAGGUUGGAGUCCAAUACAAAAGGCUGUUGUGAAGCAUCUGUUGAGUUCAGUGGACUAACUUCACUUAAAAACUUGUAUCUUUCACAGUAUAGUUUGAUAUUAAUGGCACAAAAUGUUUUUGAUUCAAUUCCUCAGUUAGAAAUAUUAAGCAUAAGCAAUGCGUGUUUAAAAGAUCUUUCUGAGGUUCUGUGUCGACUGAAAAAUGUAAAAUCACUUAAGUUGUUUUAUUUAAGUGAUACGGAUUUAAAUGUUCUUCAGUUCCCAAACUGCUCCUUUUUUAACACCUCUGACAGUCAGACACCCACUGUAUACAAUAUUGAAAAGAUAGAUUUGUAUCUGGGAUCAGUAAAGCACAUAGAUGAGGGGGCUUUGAAAGUUUUUGGAAAUUUGUGGGACCUGGGCUUUGGUGGUUUUCUCAGAGAUCUUUCUUUGAUGGGAGUAAAUCAUAUCUAUAGCUUGACUUUCAGUGUGGAUGUACUUAACAUUGAUGAGUUGUGUUAUGCAGCAAAGCUGUAUUCUAUUAAAUUUAUAUUCGUAUCGUACACGACUAUAAACUUCCCAGCUACUCCUACAAAUAUCUCUAAAGACUGUAAAGAAGUUGUAGGCAUCCAUCUUUAUCAAUAUGUGUAUAAUGCGUUUAAAAUAGAUUCAAUCUUUCAUAUUUUUAGCAACCUCUCAAAACUGACAGUCCAUUCAUAUGUGCUGAGAUCAAAUGAUUUUAAAUCUGUUUGUUUGUCCUUUCCACAGUCAGUCAAACAGCUCUCCAUUAUGAGUCUAAUGUCAAAUGUGAUAGGUAAGAUAAUAUCACACCAAUUUUUCUGUUUCAAAAAUCUUGAAAGUUUGGAUUUAUAUUCAACUAAUAUUUCCAGCAUAGAAGAUUUUUCUUUCACUGGAUUAGACAAAUUGAAAGAUUUAAACCUCUGUCGCAACAAGUUAUCUCGCAUUUAUCAAGACACGUUCAGUGGUCUGUAUGAACUGAUGUUUUUAGAUCUUCAAGAAAAUCCUUUAAUUCAAAUUGAGUCAAAUUCCUUUGGACAUCUUACUAACCUUCACACGCUUCUCCUGGGAGAUCUACACUACCCACCAAACAUUUCACAAAUCAAACUGCGUUUAUCUGAUAUAUUUGGAAGGAUCCCGUAUAAUCUGAGUAAUGUGUUUAUUAGUUCAGGCAUGAGACCGAUGCAGUUGAUGUUUGGAGACGUUACACUGAAUCGGAGUCUACAUCUCCAAAUCAAAGGUCAAUAUGUGACAGUUGAGGACUGUGACAGUCCUCUCUUGACAUCUGUUGUUACACUUCAAAUAAAUGCUGAAUAUGUCCUCUGUGGAAAGGACUUUAUUGGGAAAUAUGUUAAAUCAGUUGUCAAGCUGGAAUUCAUAUCAGUGUUCUCAGACAAUAUUGGUGAUUUAUCAGUAAUCAAUGAGCUUGUUCAUUUAACAAAAUUAAAGCUGGAAAACAUUGAUUUAUCUAAACAGCCAAAUGUGCAAAUAAUGUUUCAUAAUUUAACAAAAUUACUAACUCUGAUGCUGACCAACUGCAGAAUUUUCUUUUUGGAUGGAAGUCUGACAAAGGACUUAAAGGCACUGACAGGUCUGGUGUUUACAACCCAGAGUUAUGUGAACAUUCUGCAAAACUUUGUUGAACAUCUUACUAGUUUAAAGGAACUCCGUAUCUACGGGAUUCAUCUUCACUGCAGUUGUGAUGAUGCUUGGCUGGUCUCAUGGGUAAAGGACAACAAGCAGGUUCAGGUUAUUAUGUUCAAUCCCACCAUGAAAGAACUGCAGUGUGUGACUGAAAAUGGAAUUGAUUUUGUCAACUUUGUUCAUUUCGUCCAGGACAACUGCUCAUUUCAUAUUGAAUUUGUGCUCUUUGCCUCAACUUCUGCCUUUUUAUAUUUGUUUAUUUUUGUAGCAUUGUCAUAUCGGUUGGCAGGGCAAUACAUAAAGCCGCUCUAUCACAUUUCCCGUGGAUGGUUCAGAGAAGCUGUACAUAAAGAUGGCAAACAGCAGUACCGCUAUGAUGUGUUUGUUUCAUACAGCAGUAAGGAUGAGUGCUGGGUCAUGGAAGAACUUCUUCCAAACUUGGAGCAGCGUGGGCCUCCAUUCCUGCGUCUAUGUUUGCACAGUCGAGACUUUCAGUUGGGACAAGACAUUGUGGAAAACAUCACAGACAGCAUCUAUGCAAGUCGUAGAACUCUUUGUCUUGUUAGUCGUAACUACAUCCAUAGCAGCUGGUGUUCUUUGGAGAUGCAGCUGGGCACCUACAGACUCCAGGUAGAACAGAGAGACAUUCUUAUCCUGGUCUUCCUAGAAAAUAUUCCAUCUCGCCUGCUAUCCUGUCAUCAUAGGUUGGCCCGACUGGUGAAAACAAGGACUUAUCUAGACUGGCCACUGGACCCUGAGAUGCACAAGGCGUUCUGGGAAAGGUUGUGGAAUAAACUGAGCACUGAUAAAUAUAACUCUUCACUGUAACUUGUAAACAAAAGAGAAACUGUAUUGCUUCUUAAAAAGUUGUAAUGCAUUGUUUCUGGUUAAUUAAAGGUUUAACCAAAAGGUAGUAUCAAUGUUCAAUACAGUCACAGUAUGACUUUUAUCAGUAUUUAAAGAAU